UGCAUGGAGCUGCUACAUCAAAAGGAAUGCCAUCUCUACUAGAGGACGGCUUGAUAAAAACUCGCUCAAUAGAGCAGGUGGUUGCCCCUCUGUCUAUUCACCUGUGUCACCUCAUCCUGCUGUGUGAGAGUGAGACAGAACUGGACCAGUUCACCCAGCUGGAAGCUGCAGCCAAAGCGGUGGCAAAGUCUUCCAAGAACAUGGCAGCUGUGGCAUCAAGGCUGGUGGCAGAUUCAGAUGAUAAUUUCCUGAAGAUUGAAAUGGUUCCACUUGUAGAAUCCCUCACUGUGUCGGGCCAGCAUGUGCUCCUGGCGACCCAAAAGCUCAGCAUACAACCGGAAAUUACAGAGCACAGAGAGGAGCUCAUUGAAGCCACUCAGAAUGUGCUGUUAGGUGUGGUUAAGAUUCUUUUGGUAGAGGAUAAUGCAACUAUAAGGAAGAUCACUGCUGCAGCUGACUGGCUCUUGUAUUGUCUAACUCAAGUAGGAGCUUCAGCGGACAUAUCAUCCUUAUUGAAAGCAUUCCAAGUCUACUCAAAGGCAAUGCUGCUGCUUCACAACUUGGUGGGGGAAAGAAUCCAGGAACUGCGUGACAACAAACAGCAGGUGCUUUUAAAAGCUUCCCUAGAAACCCUGAAAAAAUGUGUUUCCAUGCUGCACACAGCAAUGUAUAUGACCAUCAAACAUCCCAACAGUGAGGAGGGCCAGGCUGCAAAGCAAUACAUCUUAAGCCAGGUGGAUUCAACCGUGAAUGACAUCGUAGCCACAAUAAUGAGCAAGUGUGAACCAGCCGCAACAGGUUCAUGUGGAUACUACACCAAAAUACGGAACAAGUUACUGGAGUUGCUGUCUGCCCCUGGUUCAGUUAAAGAUGGUGGAUUUGACAUCAUGCUUCGUGAUCUAGUGUUCCACAGUAUGAUGGUAGCAAACACUUCUCGGAGGAAACUUCAGUUUGAAGUGACUGCAAAUUGCAAUCUGGUCCUAAAGUUCUGGUCAGAGAUUUCACAACAAAUUAAGUGCUCUGAUGAUCAAUCCCAGCUUGCAAACAAAUGUGCUUCCUUGCUGCAGCAAAUCUACAAACUUGAUGAUGCCAUGAUAAAAGCUACCCUGUUUCAGGUAAUGGAUAUAUUUGUCUCAAGUUCAACUCCUUUGGAACAGUUGGUGCACACUGUGAGCUGUAUCUUCCAGGAUACAAAAGAUUCUUACAAGUUGGAUGUGGAAACAGUUCGGCUACAAUCUGAUGCCUUCAUAGCUCAUGCUGAGAAGAUUGCAGAGGUGGCUGGCUUCAUCUCAGCAUUAGCAUGUGAUGAAAAGAACCUUGAAGGCAUAAAUAACUCCAAAACCUGCCUUAUACGACUAAAAGAGGCAAUUGUAACACUUGUGCCAGAGCUUGAGGAAGACAUGAUGCAUUGCUGUGAAACACUGCAAAAACUGAAAGAGAUGCAUCAGAGAUGGGUGGAGGAGAUGGAGCAGCUUCUGCAUUGCUGUAGUAGCAUCAUAGACGUAAAGAACUUUGUCUGUCUUGCUCUUAAGGAGAUGAGGAGAGACUGGAUGGCAUGUGUUGAAGCACAUAAAGAUCAGGAUGCACAGUUCUUCACAAAACAGGCAAGUCUGCUCAUUGGCCACAUGAGCCAGGUGAUCCAUUUUUCAAGAAAACAUGUUGAUAAAAGUGACAAUCCAAUCUACCGCAACGGACUGCUGGUUCUGGUAAAACAAGCUGAGAGCUCUGCAGCGGAGGUGACCAGCUAUGUCACUGAUAUCUAUUCUUACACCAUUCUUAGCAAUGAAGCAUUCUCAUUGCUUUCUGAUAGCAUCUCGACAUCUCUAAAGUACUUUGAGAUUCUAUGUGAAGGGCUUGAUGGUUUGCAGCAUCCACAUCUGCUCAGCCCUUUGCGUGAAGGAGCCCGCCAGACUGCCAGUACAGUACCAUGCAGUAUCCCUAUUUCAGAACAUCAGACAUCAACUGAUGAAAAAAGAGAACCAGAGUCUUCAGUGCACAGCUUCACUAGUGAAGAAAUCCCAUGUGAGCUCAAAGACGGUUUGGAGAAUCAGAGUGUUCAUUCAAUCAUGGAGCACCAUGAACCAAACAUCAAAGAAGAGUGGACUGCACCUGUUAUAGAAUCUCAACCUGUCGUACAGCUCCACAAUAUUGAUUUGUUACCUCUUUUGUGUCAAGUUCUCAGCAUGACCAAAGGUAAAGAUGUAGAGGCACUCAACAUAGCAUGCACUGGAGUUUUGGGACUUUCGAACAAUUAUGUGCAAGCUGCAAGAGAGGCCGCGAGUGUCAUAGACACAGCUAAUAAUCAAGAACUGGAAAAUCUGCGGUCCAAACUAGUGUCUCUGACUCCCCUACUUGUCCAGACAGCACAGGAAACGGCAAUGAGUUCAGCCAUGAGUACAGAUAGCAUUUAUAAGCACAGUAUGCAAUUUUCAGACCUCAUCAAUAAUGCACGUAAGAUAUUGCUGCAAGUGGCAGGAAUAUGGUACCAUGCUGUUUAUUCCAUUUUCCAAAACUACGUACCUAGUAUGUUGGAAUCAAUCACACAGGAACUCACAGAGGUCAUGUGUUUAUGCGCAGAUGCUGUGCAACUUGUGACCACAGUGGACAUCAAGGUGUUGGGUCAUGAGUGUCAUGAGAGUAUUACAGCUUUGCAGAGUAAGCUUCAAAAAGCUCAAACGAACACCAAGAAUCUCAUAGACCUAACUGGUUCAAGGCCAACUCAAACCGAUGAGCUAGAUGGUCUCUGCAUGCUUUGGGCCUUGUCCAUCCAAGUGCUGCUAACCUCAUUGGAUAGGAUACUGGGAACAGCCACGACUGAUGGCAAGCUAAUCAAACACCAAAUGACACCCAAGAAAUGGUUGGCAGCUAUGUCUGAGAACUCACUUCGUAUACAAGAAGCCGCAAGACUAUCGUCUUUGAACUGUCGAGACAGCUAUAAAGUAAAACUGUUAAGAGAAUUACAAGAAGAGGUGAAGACACUUACAGACUCAUACCUACAGGCUGCUGAGGGUGUUAAUAAUGUGUCUUUCUCUAGUGUCCUGGUGCUGGCAAAGUCAGAGCUGCUUCAGAGACAGCUUCAAAUUAAAAUGAAGGCACUUUCUUGUCUCCUGAGCAAAGUUAACAAGGAUUAUGUGACUGCAAUUCAAAAUGCUGUUGCCUUGGCAUGCUCUGUCCAAACAAAAGAUGGUAUCAUUGAAAGCGAAGAUGCUCUGGCACAGUUUGAAGGUGCAGCAGAAUUGCUUGUGCAGAAUGUUAAAACCACCACAGAGUCUAUCCAAGACUGUUUCAAUUUCAUUAGAGACCCAAGGGAGAGAUCAAGCCUAAGGGUUAUUAAUGACCAUUUGUCAUUUCAGAUGUCAGACAUUGUGAGUAGAGCCAGAUUAAUUGUGGAGACCCAAAGCAUUGGCGAGACUUCAACUCUUGAUAUUCAGUCACAGUGCUGGUCAGCAAAGGCACAUUAUCUUGUAGAGGAAAUUUGUAAAGUGGAUGGAAUUCUUGAGGUCACAAAAGAACAGAUCAAGCGUGGGUUGCAGGGCAAAGAGUACAGCAGAUUUGUCAAGCCUCAAACAGCAACAAGUUUCACACAAAAGGACACAUUGCAUCCUGUAAAAAGAGAAAUAGAUCCUGUGUCCACAAAUAAUCAAGGUUCUACUAAAAGCAAACUGAGCACCAAUUUUAAAGAUGUGGCUAAUCGGGAACCAAAUAAGGAUGUGACAUCCCAGAGGAGCACAAGAGUGCCAGUGUUCAGCUCAGUGGAUUCGACUCUCUCUUACACAUCUCUCUUUCUGAAACAAGAGACGGAGAAGUGGGAUGACCAGGGUAACCAGAUUGUCAGAGUGACUAAAGAAAUGGCAGAUAAGCUCUAUCACAUGGCCCAGUACCUAAAAAGGAAAGGGCCAAUUCAGAGCAAAGACGCUUUUGUAACGUCUGCAAAAGAUCUAGUCUUAAGUGGCCAGUCAAUCACCCAGUUUGUGCGUGUCAUAGCAGACCACUGUUUGGACAAGCAUUGCACGGAAGAGCUCUGUGUCACAGCAGAGCAGAUUCUUACCAUUGCCAACCAACUGACCAUCAUCUCUAGUGUCAAUGCAGUGACCCCUGGGUGCAAAUCAUCAGACGAGAUCCUUGUGAAGAAUGCACAGAACCUACUCCAGACAGUAAUCCAAGGCGUACGAGCGGCAGAGACUGCAUGUAUCAGGGGUUUGAAACAACCAGAGCCAAACUCUGAAGCAGCAAAGGCAGCAGCUUUCUGUUUCCAGUGGAAAAAGAGUCUUCUCAUCCACCGAGCUCAGGAGCAGCUCAACCCAGAAACUGAUGAUUUGGGCUUACGUAGGAUUUCUCAGCAUUCUGCUGCACCCAGCCUUGCUCCACCCAUCAAUGUUUCAGACAGUUACAAAUGAUGGGUAAACA